CCUCUUUUAAGCUCCACCGGGCUGAUCCUCUUCUGGCUCCUCAACCACCUGGGAUCCGCAAAUUGCGCGCCCGGCGACGCCAAGGCGAGUCGAAACCCAGCCACGAGUCCCACGACAAUCUCCAUGCAUGCGGUCAAUUGGGCCAUUCCGCCGCAGAUGCAACGACCCCAACGCUGCACAACUAUACGAUUGGUUCCCAUGAUUGAAGGGCAACAGGGCAAGAGGGCACGUUGAGGCCAGUUGAAUCGUCUACCCGUUUGGCGCAGCUCAACCACGGGACCGGAAAGAAUGACUAAAUGGGACCCAGGCAAACCCGACCCCGACGUCAAGGCGAUCUCGCCCUUGUGCGCAGUGGAAACUUGGAGGACCUGCGAAAUCGCUCUCAAAGCGCCGGUCCACCGUAGCCCAAAAAAAGGUUAAACCGCUCCCCGCGAUAAAGCACCCUUGCCCCACGCAGGCCCGUUCGGAGCGCCCAAAUUUCGCCAGUGAUUCCCCUCACCGGUUUCCCCUCAUAUUCGAUCUUCUCUUUUUUUUUCUCAUCCUCGAUCGUCGCCAAUGGGGUUGACCGUAUCAAGCCCCCUCCGUGAACGAGUCCAUAAUCGAUGGUGGUUGAGGGCUCCGGCAUGUCCGACGUGUCUCUGAAGAGCGCGCUUCCGCGAAAAAGCGCCUUCUCCUGCGAAGCUUGUCGCAAGCGCAAGGUCAAAUGCAACGGAGCUAGUCCGUCGUGCUCGCGAUGUGCCGCACGAGGCGAGACUUGUGUCUACAGCUUAGCCCCAACUCUAUCCUAUACGAAACAGCUUGAGACCAGAGUCGCCCAGCUUGAAGAUGCUCUUACCAAGCUCCGUGGCCAACAGGCCAAUACGGAGGCACGCAAGGUGAGCUCUCCGGCAUCGGUGGCGGAAUCUAGCUCGAGCGCCGGCCGCAGAAUCAAACUCGAAAACGACGACACGCAGGACUUAGCCCGCGAAUUCGAUGGCUUGAAUGUGGAAACUGACGGUCGCAUCUCCUUUCACGGGCCGACCAGUUUGUUCCAGCUCCCCAGUGGGGUGGUGAGUGAGACGGCAUCGACGACUCAUGUGGUUCAGGAGUUGGAGGCGCGGAAAGAGCGACUGAUCAACAGUGCAUGGCGGGAACGGGCAUUUGAGCAGAUGGCUGCAAUGCCGGAGCCAUUCCAAUAUUUGCUUGACUCUCAUUGGUGUUGGAUUCAGCCCUUGUUCAACUUUGUCUAUCGCCCGGCCUUCACCCGUGAUAUGAAAAUCCAGGGUCCAUACUACUCGGAUGUCCUGAUGAACGCAGUCCUCUCCCACUCCGUACGUUGGUGCAAGGCAGAGCCCCAGAUCGGCCCGCUUCUAGACUCAUUCGAAGGCGGCGCCCAGUUCUUCCAACGUGCGGUGUCGGGGCUCUUCGAGUCACUCAAGUCAGGCUAUGCCAGUGUACCGACCAUCCAAACGCUGCUGCUCCUCAGUGCGCAAGAAUGCGGAAAGGGUAACCGGACGCAAGCCUGGCUCUAUAGCGGCAUGGCGUUCCGGGUUCUGGAUGAUCUAGGAAUCUCGAUUGAUAGUCGCAAGUAUCUCGGUGCAGCCCAUUUGAGCGAUGAGGAUAUCGAGAUUCGGAACCGUCUUUUCUGGAGUUGCUAUUUCUGGGAUAAGAUCGUGUCUUUGUACUUUGGACGGGCGCCGACGAUGCAACAUUCUCGCGUCAGCCCACCCCGCAUAAUCCUGGAUGACACUUCCGAGAUCGAGAUCUGGACUCCUCAUGGUGUCACAUUCCCCGAUGGAGCCCACUAUCCCCCUACACAGGCUCAUUCGACCUCGUGCUUCAUCCAGAUGUGCGGCCUUGCUGAGAUCUUGAAUCAAAUUUUGAUUCACAUAUAUGAUCCCAUGCGGCAAAGCACCGAAGCGGAGUUCUUUGACUGUGUCCAGGAACAAGCCAAGAACCUUAGCGACUGGUGGGAUGGACUGCCCGAUUACUUGAAGCUUGUGGCAAUGGAUCUACCACCGUAUUCCCCUCCGAGCCACAUCAUGACUUUGAACUGCUUGUAUCACACAAUCAAUAUCCUGCUCCAUCGCCCAAUUCUCUGCUCUCGGGGCUUGUUGAAGACCCAACAAGAGCCUUACGACAAGAGUCAUCUUGUACAAUGUAUGGCCUCAGCAACCUCAAUCCUAUCUCUCUUCGAUCUAUAUCGCCGCACUUUCGGCGACAACCACGUCGUCCUAUCUCAGGCAUACAGCAUCUACACGGCCGCAUCCAUCUUCCUUCUGGAGAUCCAGGCCCUCAAGUAUGCCGCCCCAGGAACCUUGGACAAACUCAAGUUCUGUAUAUUCGCACUUGAGCGCAUCAAGGGAUCCAAUCCCGUCAUCACCACCGCCCUCAGCCUCGUCUACCAAGAAGUCCAAAAGCUUCAAAUCGAUAUUCACCUCCCAAUGCUGGCCCAAGCCCCAAAUAUCAACCAACAACACCCGCCAUCUCAAAAUCCCCUCCAACCUCCUCACCCCACCCAAAGCCAAUCUCCACCCGUCAGCAGCAGUCCCUCUCGCCACGUCUCCCCAGGCAUCCCGCAUCCACACCGGCGCCAGCAAAGCCACAUAGCAAUGAGCACACAACCCAGCAGGGCCAGACCGAAUGCAAGUGCCUCCAUGAUUCCCGAAUACAACACAUUCCAACAACCGGUCGCCGGAUUUGACCCGUCUCAUAUGGGCGAUAUGCCACAAAUGCCACCAACUCAUUUACUAGGCGGCAUGCCCAAUGCAUUAAUGACGGUCGACGACCCCAGCGCAUACGAGAUCACCCCCGAGGUAUUCGAGGCGUUUUCUUAUGCGCAGCCAAUGUCGACUACGAUGACCUCCUCAUUCGAUGGCGGGUGGACUGGUCAUAACCAGUGAUACUUAAAGCGAUUUUUGUAGGGGCUUUUGCAUUUGGCUGGUUAGUUUUGGUAUUGAUGAUUCCCGAAUAGUACAUUUAGCGUUUGAGAUUUUGAAUCAACGUACCAGUCAAAAUUCUGUGCAUGGAGUUUGAUUCAAACCCGAGAUCGUUGUGCAGAUUUUUCUUGUUGAUGUUGGAACCGAAUUGGUAUGACUCAGUCGAGUCAUUCUCGAUACACAGGCAGCUGGAAUGAUGCACGGAGUACACCGAGCAGUAAAACAUCUUGAUUUAACCGCAGGCAACGAUCUGACUGGCCUUUUGUCCCGUCAGAAGCAGUCGCCGCCAUCUGAAUUAACAUGUAAAUAAUAUGCACUAUCGCUUGAUAGGGUCAGCCAGUCAACUCUGUCUUGGUAACCUCUCCCUUUUCUUUUGCAUUACCCUUACUACUUCCCGCUUUUUGUCUUCGUGGAAAAGUAAUACUUUAAUGCGGUGUCAAU